UCUUAGCAGGAAAUCAAUUCUUUGAGUCACCUGUCUGGAACUUUAGGUGUACCUUUUUAAGCUCUUCAAAAGACUUCAGACCAUUGUGAGGAAAUAUUACGAUGGCCAACGAAGCAAAGCCGUGUCCCUGUCAUAUCGGUGACAAGCUGGACUACGGGGGGCUCGGCCAGGACGUCCAGAUCGAUCACAUCAAAGCUUAUGUGGUGAAACCGUCCGCUCCGUCUGACGGGGCCGUCAUCGUCAUACAGGACAUCUUCGGCUGGAAGCUUCCCAACACAAGAUACAUGGCAGACAUGCUGGCGGCCAAUGGAUACACUGCGGUGUGUCCUGACUUCUAUGUUGGAAAGGAGCCGUGGGAUCCAUCCAACGACUGGUCCAAGUUUCAAGAGUGGUUGAAAGACAAAAAGGCCACGGAAAUAAACAAAGAGCUGGAUGCAGUGCUGAGGUUCCUGAAGGAGCAGUGUGGAGCCAAACACAUUGGAGCGGUGGGCUUCUGCUGGGGAGGGGUCGCCGCACACUACCUCGCCCUACAAUAUCCAGAAGUGGAAGCAGUGGUCUCCUUCUACGGGAUCAUACGCGAGAGAGAAGACAAGUACGAGCUGAAGGUUCCUACACUCUUUGUCUUUGCAGAGAAAGACAACGUCAUCCCACUGGACCAGGUGAGUCUCCUUGAAGCUCAACUGAAGGAGAAAUGCACAGCUGAUUACCAGGUGAAGGUCUUUCCUGGUCAGACUCACGGAUUCGCUCACCGCAAGAGAGAGGAUAUCAACCCCACGGACACACCGAGCAUACUGGAGGCCAGGGCAGACAUGCUCAACUGGCUCAAAAAGUACAUGAAAUAGGAAGGACAGGUCACUCCACACAGGGCUCCUAAAGUGAUUCUUCAACCACGAAUCUUUCUACAAAAAAUCUUUCUACAGAGCUAUUUACAUCACCAACACAAUUAAAAAAAAGUUUCCAUUUACAGUUAGCGGAGUUCCCUCAUUAGUUAAAAUCUAAUGGCUAACAUUCCAGAUAUGAAGAAUUUAAUAAAGAUAGGGUUUUAACACCUUUUGAUUUGUGAAAGAA